GCCUGCUAUAUAUAUAUCUUUUAGUUUGUGAUGUCUAAAAAUGGGGUUGAAAAGUUUUUUUUAACUUUUGUUCGCCACGGUGAGACAAAUCUUAACUUGGAAGGAGUGUUGCAAGGUCAUGUGAAUGCACCACUGAAUGAAACUGGACAACAGCAAGCAUCUGAAAUUGGAAAGCAUCUACAGAAUGAGAAGUACACUCACAUAUACAGCAGUGAUUUAGACCGUGCGUUUCAUACUUGUUCGAUUCUUUUGCAAAAAAACAAGCAUGCAGUAUCACAUGUAACAUCUUCAAACAAGAUGUCAGAUGUGAAAGACUUGAUAAAAGUUGACAAAAAGCUUCGUGAACGAAAGUUUGGAUCAAUGGAAGGCAAACCAUGGCAUUUCCUUCAUAAAGCAGCAAAAGCAGCCGGUCUAGAUGAAAUUGACUUCAUACCUCCUGGAGCAGAGAGCAUGCAUGAAGUAUCUGUGCGUGGAAAAGAAUUUUUUAUUGACCUUUGUAAAACACUCUGUCAAGAUUGGAAACCAAACAGUGGAAAUAUGAAUGUUUGUCCAAAUGUUUUGGUUGUCAGCCAUGGUGGUUACAUCAGGAGCACUAUAAGAAUGUUUCACACUGACUUUGGAUGUCCUUUACAACGUUACAUUCUACAAAGUUUCAUGGUCAAUUGCGCUAAGGCUUGCUUUGAAGUUACACUGCCUUCAAUUGAAGAAAAUGAAAAUUCCUUUCAAUUAGAUGCCAGUAGCUCUUCAGCAACAACUGUUGACAGGUGCCUUGAAGGAAUCACUUUGAAAUGCACUGCUUAUAAUGUAACCGCUUGACACACAUCACUGUGCUUUGAUUUAAUGCAUUAUUUAGCUUAUUAUUUUCAAACUUUUCGUUAUUUAUUAGACCAAUUGAAAACUUUU